GCCGAGAGGGCGAGGUUCGCGGCUGAGGGAGUGUUGUAGCGAGCGCGCGCCGUCAUGGCCGGCGGGAUGGUUAGGUCGCCGGCCGCCCGGCGCAGUGGCGCCGCUCUCUUCGGAAAAGUCGGCCGCCAGGAGUUCUCCGCCAACGUUAUCCGCGAAGAGGAGGAGCCGUUGUGGACGAGGAGUGCCUUGCGUUCCAUGAUUUUUCCCCGCAAGGUCCUUCGCUUUUUCCUAGCCGCUCGCGACAAGGCCGUUGUGAGGUUGUCCGAAGCAGAAGAUUCUGGCGCACCUCUUCACAGGCGUUUGAUGAUUGUUGGCGAGAAGUGUGCUGCUAACCUGGGCCUGACCGAUGGAUUCCGGAUGGCUGUGAGAUACCCCCCCUCAGGCCCUUCCGACUACCGCACGCGUCUCUGUAUUGGGUGGCCGUCAGUUGGGCCAGCCUCCCGGGGAAGACGUUUGCACCGCAGGAGUUGCUGCACGCGUACGGAUCGCCACCGAAUGGAUUUCACGUGUCGCCCGUCAGUCUAGCCUCCGUUGACAUAGAAUUGGUUCUGGUGGGUGCCUGUGGAGGGUAAUGAAAAGCUUUGCGCAGCAUUUGCACAAUAAAGAUGGAGCACGGAGAUAUCAUCUCUGUCUCGCGUGUCUCACUGAUGGAAAUGGUCCUGCAAGUUAAAACGGUGGGUCUCCGUCUCCCAAAGAUAAUAUAGGAUGUGCCGUGUCUUUGAGGCCUUGCCGUCUUCCCCCAGCUUCCAAAUGAAAGGGCGUGGGUUUUAUCGCGUAACAGCAGCAUCGACAAGCGGCAGGCGUAGAAUUAUAGAGGAAUAAGGUUGGAAGAAAGCUUCCAGAUAUCAUCUGUCGUAUGGCCCUGUCCCGAGGCCGAGCAAACGCUACCUGCAUGAUUUCUGUCCGGUGCUCCUCAGCCUGUUCUUAACCCAUCUCGAAGCUUUGCCGCCGCUUCCGCUUUCUUUUCAGUCGCGGAUUUUGCGACGUGGAGAAUUAGUUUCUCCCACAGGAACUUUCCCAAAUGGAAAAGGCUUUGUGAUGCUCGAGACGGCAAUUGUCGCGCUUCUGCUGUCUUUGAUAUUCGGCUGCCCUUCUCCAUUUUUCAUUUUUCAUACAAACAAAGCAUUAAAAAAAAAAACCCCAAAAAACAUAGCAUUGUUCCAUAACCGGAAGGAGGGGCACUACAGGCACCGUCAGGCUCUAACGUGUAAUCACGUCUCGUGCUUUGUUAGGCCUCUGGCUUUGCUUUAGUCUUUGUUGAAUUGCGAUUGCAUUCAAGGUUGACUGGAGUGGGGGAGUGUCAAAAUGCUAAUAGAUAUUUGCAUUAAAAGUUGAAUACUUGAAACUCGCCGAGUGAAAUUAUUGUGUGGCCGUUCCUCAAAGAAUCUUCAUUUGUCAGCAGUAGAUCCGCUUGCGGGACUGGCGAUCGCAGCUGUGAAUGACUCUGAAUUAAACCGUUUGAAGAAGCGGAAUGAAACAACUUGUUACGUUUUUCCUAAUAUCCAACCUGAAGCUCCCCCCCGGCGC